AGGCGGCGGCGGCGGCGGUGGCGGAGGCGGCGGCGGAGGCGCGGGGCUGCUGGAGGCGGAGAGGCGCGGAGGAGCGCGGGGCCGCCGCCACCGGCCCCGAGAGAUUUGUAAGACUCCAGGGCCUUCAAGCUGUGAUUAGUCCGAUAGUUCCUGAAAUGACUGGGAAAACAGACGUUUUGUGUGCCAAUUGAAGAGUGUAUGUCUGUGUGUAUUUAAAACCUUUCCAUACUUACACGAGAAGACGGGCUUAUUCUUGUGCGCACUUGAAGAGUUGUGUACAACUGAUGAAAAUUAAUCUAAGAAUCAGAUGGAGCAACUUGACACCACUGGGCUCAGGAGCCCGGGGAGAAAAACACAUCACUAAUGGCCAGUUUUCCAUGUGGUCUUCACGGGUAAAGAAAGUUUGCAAAAAGAAGAAAAAAAAACUUGCACAGAUCGAGCCUCAAAAAUACCUCUCUCCAGUUUAAAGAAGGAAUUAAGUGAGAAGGUGACUGAGGGAAAAGUGUGAUUUCAAGCCUUGCAGGACAAUAGCUUAAGGUAGCAAUUGAAACUGAUGAUUACAAAAUAAUUAUCAAGGCGCAUUCAAGUAAAUCUUCUUCCUUUGGACUGUGCAUGUGACGUUUGGAGACAGUCCCCGAAGGUCGGCAGGAAAGCGCCCAUCAGCCCCGCGCGUCGCUCUUCAGGGAGACAGUGGGGAAGAGCUCGCCUCCCCUCCUGCCUGUGUUCGAGUUUUAAGGGAUUCUCUUCCCUAUUGAUCCAGGAAGACGUGCACGUAAGAGGAGGACGACUUGAUGGACUAAUUCUGAGAUUAGUUUUUUUUCUUCUCGGUGGAAAAGUAUGUAGUCUGUAGGAGCAGAAGGGGGAGAGGUGACUAGGAGAGGAGAAAGAGGACGCAACCUGCCACCCGGCUCCACGCAGUUUGUCUGCAGGAGGAGUUUGGGUUUGCCCAAGGCCAGCCCUGGGACUCCUCGGGCUCUUCUGAGGUCAGGGGCUUUCUCCCCCACCCCUAUGCAACCAAGGGGUGCACCAGCCUGCAGAGGGGCCCUCCCUGGGGACACAGCCACCUGCUAGGAAGCCAGGCUGGGCUUUCAAGCUGGAGGUUUCUGGUUCUGAACAUUGGGGAAGGGAGACCCUUUUUCUCCUAAAAUUUGGACUGCUAUCUGCACAAACUCUGGUUUGCACGGUUUGUGUGCCUUUUCUCCCCUUUAUGCAAUCUUUUUCAGCUUUAGCAGCAGAAAUUUGUCUCAUUGAGAAGAUAAGCCAGAGGGUAGCUUCGGAAGGAAGAUGAUCCCCAGUGUUCUGUCUCUGUAACUGAAUGUUUGAAGAGAAAAUUCCAGCUCGAGGGAUUCUUAAAGCCUUAAGUUACUUGAAAUCUAUGUAUUUGCAACCCUUUGUCUCUGGAAUCACAUUACAAAACUGGAAUCUCAGGCUGAGUGAGAAGAACCAAGUUGAGUGAAAAGAACACUCAGUUUCUUUAUCACCACUGGUUAAUGAUGCUCUUUCUCCAAAGGGUCAGCCCGCUCUUCCUCUAAGGACUUGAAAAUAGAAAUGGACCCCACAUUUUUUUUAAGCAUUACCUUUUCUUAGCAGACUGCCGUCAUCUUUUAUAGAGGAAUUUUUUCACUAUGCAUUUGUUGGAUCUUUAUAAAAUACUGACCUUCUAAUCAGAACCAGGUCAGUCUUAAUUAAAGGGGGUCUGGGAACACAGCGCAAGCCAACCACAGAAAUAAAACACGUCAAUGAAAGGAAUUGGUUUAAAUUUUUCGGCAUUUAGCAUUACUUUUUUUAAGUAAAACGGUUCUUCCAAAAAAAGUAUGUAUGCGGCAGUGGAGCAUGGGCCCAUCCUCUGCAGCGACUCCAACAUCCUCUGCCUGUCCUGGAAGGGCCGUGUCCCCAAGAGCGAGAAGGAGAAGCCCGUGUGCCGGAGGCGCUACUACGAGGAGGGCUGGCUGGCCACGGGCAAUGGGCGGGGUGUCGUCGGGGUGACCUUCACCUCCAGCCACUGCCGCCGGGACAGGAACACUCCGCAGAGAAUCAACUUCAACCUGCGGGGCCACAACAGUGAGGUGGUGCUGGUGAGGUGGAACGAGCCCUACCAGAAGCUGGCCACGUGCGACGCGGAUGGUGGGAUAUUCGUGUGGAUCCAGUAUGAAGGGCGGUGGUCCGUGGAGUUGGUCAAUGACCGCGGGGCCCAGGUGAGUGACUUCACGUGGAGCCACGAUGGGACUCAAGCACUUAUUUCCUAUCGAGAUGGGUUUGUCCUGGUUGGUUCUGUCAGUGGACAAAGACACUGGUCAUCUGAGAUCAACUUGGAAAGUCAGAUCACGUGUGGCAUAUGGACUCCUGAUGACCAACAGGUCCUCUUCGGCACGGCGGACGGGCAGGUGAUCGUCAUGGACUGCCACGGCAGGAUGCUGGCCCACGUCCUCCUGCACGAGUCAGACGGCAUCCUCAGCAUGUCCUGGAACUACCCCGCCUUCCUGGUGGAGGACAGCAGCGAGAGCGACACCGACUCCGACGACUACUCCCCGCCCCAAGAUGGUCCGGCCGCCUAUCCCAUCCCGGUGCAGACCAUCAAGCCGCUGCUCACCGUCAGCUUCACCUCGGGAGACAUCAGCCUGAUGAGCAACUACGACGACCUGUCUCCCACUGUCAUCCAGUCAGGGCUGAAAGAGGUGGUGGCCCAGUGGUGCACACAGGGAGACCUCCUGGCGGUCGCUGGUAUGGAACGGCAGACCCAGCUCGGUGACCUUCCCAAUGGCCCUCUUCUGAGGAGUGCCCUGGUCAAGUUCUACAAUGUUCGUGGGGAGCACAUCUUUACACUGGACACGCUUGUGCAGCGCCCCAUCGUCUCCAUCUGCUGGGGACACCGGGACUCUCGGCUGCUGAUGGCGUCAGGACCGGCCCUGUAUGUGGUACGUGUGGAGCACCGGGUGUCCAGCCUGCAGCUGCUCUGCCAGCAGGCCAUUGCCAGCGCCCUGCGAGAGGACAAGGACGUCAGCAAGCUGACCCUGCCCCCCCGCCUUUGCGCCUACCUCUCCACUGCCUUCAUCCCCACCAUCAAGCCCCCGAUUCCAGACCCCAACAACAUGCGAGACUUUGUCAGCUACCCGUCAGCCGGCAGCGAGCGCCUGCACUGCACCAUGAAGCGCACGGAGGACGACCCGGAGGUGGGCGGCCCCUGCUACACCCUCUACCUGGAGCACCUGGGCGGGCUCGUGCCCAUCCUCAAGGGGCGGCGCAUCAGCAAGCUGCGGCCCGAGUUCGUCAUCAUGGACCCGCGGACCGAUGGCAGAGCAGAUGAAAUCUAUGGGAACAGCUUGAUUUCCACCAUGAUUGACAGCUGCAACUGCUCAGACUCCAGUGACAUCGAACUGAGUGACGACUGGGCCGCCAAGAAGUCUCCCAAAAUCUCCCGGGCUAGCAAAUCACCCAAACUCCCAAGGAUCAACAUCGAGGCCCGCAAGUCCCCCAAGCUGUCGCGGGCCGCUCAGGAGCUGUCACGCUCCCCGCGCCUGCCGAUGCGCAAGGCAUCCAUCGGCUCGCCCAGCCUGACGCGGAGGGAGUUUCCUUUUGAAGACAUCACUCAGCACAACUAUCUUGCUCAGGUCACGUCUAAUAUCUGGGGAACCAAAUUUAAGAUUGUGGGCUUGGCUGCUUUCCUGCCAACCAACCUCGGUGCAGUAAUCUAUAAAACCAGCCUCCUGCAUCUCCAGCCGAGGCAGAUGACCAUCUAUCUCCCGGAGGUUCGGAAGAUUUCCAUGGACUCUGUGAACUUACCUGUCUUCAACCCGAACGUCUUCAGUGAAGAUGAAGAUGACCUACCAGUGACAGGAGCAUCUGGUGUGCCUGAGAACAACCCACCUUGUACCGUCAACAUCCCUAUCGCACCCAUCCACAGCUCCGCUCAAGCGAUGUCCCCCACGCAGAGCAUCGGGCUGGUGCAGUCCCUGCUGGCCAACCAGAAUGUGCAGCUGGACGUCCUGACCAAUCAGACCACAGCCGUGGGGGCGGCCGAGCACGCAGGCGACAGUGCUCCCCAGUACCCGGUGGCCAACCGCUAUUCCAGCCCUGGCCAGGUGAUCUUCGGAGGUGUGGAGAUGGGCCGCAUCCUCCCCAACGCCCCUCAGCUGUCCCUGCCGCCGCCAGCCCAGGGGGCCAUCACGCUGACCGCGGUGGACCAUGGAGACCGCGACCACGAGCACUUGCAGAAGCCAGCCAAGGCCCUGCGGCCAGUGCCGCAGUUGGCCACCGAGGGGGAUGCGGUGGUGUUCAGUGCCCCCCAGGAGGUCCAGGUGGCGAAGGUGAACCCCCCACCCCCCUACCCCGGAACCAUCCCCGCAGCCCCCACCACGGCCGCGCCGCCGCCCCCGCUGCCGCCCCCGCAGCCCCCGGUGGACACGUGCUUGAAGAAGAGUGACUUCUCCCUGUACCCCACGGCGGCGCACUACCAGCCACCCCUGGGCUACGAGCGGAUCACCACCUUCGACAGCAGCGGCAACGUGGAGGAGGUGUGCCGGCCCCGGACGCGGAUGCUCUGCUCCCAGAACACCUACACGCUCCCCGGGCCCGGCAGCUCGGCCACCCUGCGGCUCACGGCCACCGAGAAGAAGGUACCCCAGCCCUGCACCAGCGCCACCCUGAACCGCCUGACGGUCCCGCGCUACUCCAUCCCCCCGGGGGACCCGCCCCCCUAUCCCGACCUGGCCGGCCCGCUGGGCCCCAGCAGGGGCGCCGGGCAGAGGCCGGACGCCGGCCUCAUCCACGCCACGCUGCGCAGGAACAACCGCGAGGCGGCGCUCAAGGCGGCGCAGCUGGCCGAGCCCCCGCGGCCGCCGCCGCACCCGCCCAAGCCCAAGGGCGCGGCGCAGUUCCCGGCGCGGCCCCCGCCCGCCCUGUACACCUGCAGCCAGUGCAGCGGUGCGGGCGCGGGCGCGGCGGGGCGGCCGGAGCCCGGCGCGGGGCCUGGCGCCUCCCCACUGACCUCCCAGUCGUCCUACAGCCUCCUGAGCGCGGCCGACAGCGCCCGCGAGCGCGCAGACUAUGUCAACUCGGCCUUCACCGAGGACGAGGCGCUGGCCCAGCACUGUCAGGCCGACAAGGCCCUGAGGCACCCCGCGCUGAGUGAAGCCACGGUGGCCGUGAAACGGCCGCCCCCGUACCAGUGGGACCCCGUGCUGGGGGAGGACGUUUGGGUUCCUCAGGAAAGGACAGCACAGACGGCAGUGCCCAACCCCCUGAAACUGCCCCCUCUGAUCGUGGGUCAGAGCCAGCACCUGGACGUGUCCCGAGUGCCCUUCGUCUCCCCCAAGUCUCCCGCCAGCCCUACUGCCACUUUCCAGACAGGCUAUGGGAUGGGAGCGCCCUACCCAGGAGGCUACAAUACCUCCCCGCUGCCGGGGGUGCAGGCGCCCUGCUCCCCGAAGGAGGCCCUGGCCCCACCACCGUUUGCACAGCAAGAGUCCUCCGUGGUCCUUCAGCCCGCCUACCCGGCCAGCCUCUCCUACUGCCCCCUGCCCCCCAUGUACCCGGGAAGCAGCACCUGCUCCAGUUUACAGCUGCCGCCCAUCGCCUUGCACCCCUGGAAUUCCUACAGCGCGUGCCCGCCCGUGCAGAACCCCCAGGGCACCCUCCCCCCCAAGGCACACUUGGUGGUGGAGAAGCCCCUGGUGUCCCCCCCACCCACGGACCUCCAAAGCCACUUGGGUACAGAGGUGAUGGUAGAGACCGCAGACAACUUCCAGGAAGUCCUCUCCCUGACGGAAAGCCCGGUCCCCCAGCGAACAGAAAAAUUCGGGAAGAAGAACCGGAAGCGGCUGGACAGCCGAGCAGAGGAGGCCAUCACAGAGGGCAAGGUGAAGAAGGAGGCUCGGACUUUGAGUGACUUCAAUUCCCUCAUCUCCAGCCCCCGUUUGGGGAGAGAAAAGAAGAAAGUGAAGAGUCAGAAAGACCAGCUCAAGUCGAAGAAGUUGAAUAAGACAAAUGAGUUCCAGGACAGCUCCGAGAGCGAGCCCGAGCUGUUCAUCAGCGGGGAUGAGCUGAUGAACCAGAGCCAAGGCAGCAAGAAGGGCUGGAAGAGUAAGAGGAGCUUGAGGGCAGCCAGCGAGCUGGAGGAGUUCAAGUGCAGGAAAGCCAGUGAGAAGGAGGACGGGCGGCUGGGCAGCCAGGGCUUCGUGUACGUCAUGGCCAACAAGCAGCCGCUCUGGAAUGAGGCCACCCAGGUGUACCAGCUGGACUUCGGGGGGCGGGUGACCCAGGAGUCGGCAAAGAACUUCCAGAUCGAGCUGGAGGGGCGGCAGGUGAUGCAGUUUGGAAGGAUCGACGGCAACGCGUACAUCCUGGACUUCCAGUACCCCUUCUCGGCUGUGCAGGCCUUCGCGGUGGCCCUGGCCAACGUGACGCAGCGCCUCAAAUGAAGACACUGGAUGGGGAGAGAGGCCUGACGCAGACCCACGGCCCGGUGCCCGGGGACCGAAGCCAGGGCAGAACUGGAAACACCUGUCGGGCCCAGGACAGGGCACUGACCCUCCAUUGUUGCUUGUUUGGGCUUUUAUUAGCCUUUGUUGUCCUUCUUCUUCUUCUGUUUUUUUAAACAAAAGCGAAACACAGGAGAGCUUAUUUGGAAGCAGAGGGUGUGAGGCAGCUGGAGCUCUUUAGGGAGCACGGUCGCCGUGGGACUGUCCUGCUGGGUUGCUCGUGUCGGCCUCAGGACAAGGACAGCCUGGCGUGGGCAUGGCUCUCACUCUCCACAACAUCUAGCUCGCAUUAUUCCUCCAACACCACCACUAGUGUAAAGAGGAAAUCCUUAAAAACACGACCAAAAAAUCCUGAAGGUACAGGUUCUCGUGGGGACAACAUUUAAUCCACACAUAGUAUGUAUUUCCCCCAGAGAUCACUUGAUUAAUGAAGGGUCUUUUGGCAGAUGCACUGCGUUUGAUUCAAGUAGGCUUUUUAUUGGGGGUGCUACCACCAGGUGCACAUACGAUUUGCUCCCAAGGAUUCAGGGGGGGGGUGACUGGGGAGGAGGCAGGCCUGCCUGGGUGUCUCGGGUGGCCCACGAAGUGUGACUUGAAGCAGUGCAGGGGCUCCGCUCCUCUUCAGAGGAUGUUGACAUGGGAGAUGCUGCUGGUUUUGUACUGUGUCAGAACUCCGCUGGUUCAGUGACGGUUCAGUCCCGAUGACCUGGGGGAGCACUCCGGCGGGUGGCAGGGCAGCGAUUUCCUGGGUCAUGGGCAGCCGUCAUCCCCUCUCGCUGUCUGAUCGGGAGCCGGGGCGGGGAUGUUCUCUUUCCCGUUAGGUAACACUGUUCUCUGCUUUCUCUAAAAAGCCUGACAAUGCUGAGUUGAAAUCACUCCUUUCCUCUCUUUGGCUGUAUCAAAAUUCACUUGACUAGAACUGUUUUCCAACAGAUUAGAAAUGUAGCCGAACACGUUAAGCAUUUGCCAGAGUGUGAAAAGACAAGUUAUAAUCACCUCUGACAGGAGCCCCACAAGCUUCUCUACCAAAAAAAGAAAGAAGGAAGGCAACGUUGUUUAUCAGCUGUACAGACUGUUUAAUACGGAAACACACCCCUGGGAGAACUCGGUUAAGGGUACACUACCUAACGCCGGUGGUUACCUGCCCUUUGUUAAUUGCAGAAACAGAAACAAACGCCACCCGAGGUCGUCUUCUCCCGCCCCGAUAACAAGACCCAGUUCCGAGGUGGCAGGCAGUCCUCUCUGCGAGUGGUCUAGGGCAGGAGCACAAGGACUGUCUGCUAGCUUGGGCCCUAAACGUGGAUUUUGUGUGAAAGCAGGCCAGUGGGAGGUACUGCAGAAAAGUAUCCCCCCACCACCAAUUUUUAAUCCCUCACUGCGGUUUAAAAAUUAGAAAAGAGACAGGCCCAGAGCAAGAUGGCCUCACUUAAGCAUUUGCUCCAGACCCCAAAGAAACCCAGGUAAGGUGUGAAAGUUGGUGAAACGCAUCUCCAGCUAAUACCAGAGUUGCCCAUUUUAUAUGUGAAAACAUUGAACCUGAUUCUUUGGCGGGUAAAUUUUUCCAGAAAGAAUUUAGCAGUGCAUUCAGAAUUAUAUAAUUCUUUUAUAUGAGUUUCUGUAGCUUAAUAUGAUGUUUCAGUGCUUAUUAUUAGUUGUGCAAUAAUGGUUAUAGCCUAUUUCUAAAUAAUUUAAAUGCAGUUCCCCUGUUUUAUUGUUCAAGAGUUAAUUAUUUAUCUUGCUUUAGUAGUUUUUGUAGGAGUUAUUUCGUUGCUAUGUUCUGGUGAGUUACGCCCAUUUUAUUAUUUAUUUAGAAAAAUAGUAUGUUUGUAACGACUUAUUUGGUGGCAGUAUAUUUUGCUGCAAGAAAUAAAGAGGAUAUGAUAGAA